AUGUCGGACACAGAACGGCCCAUCUCUCUGAGGGGUUCUUCCUGUUCCACCCACUCGGCCGACACUAUCAACACCGUCCACACACUCGAAUCUGCCGUUUCUAGCGUCGAUCCGUCGCUGUUGGUCAAUCUCGAAGAUGAUGACCCAGAAAACGUGUACACGCAGCUCUCCACGACCCACAAGUGGUUCCUCACAGCUAUUGUUUGCGUCACCUUCUUCCAGAUCACAGCCAACAGUAGUACUUAUACCAAUGCUAUGGAUCCCAUCAUGGAGCGUUUGGAAUGUGGAAGGGUUGUUGCCACGCUAGGAAUUUCCUUUUUCAUUCUCGGACUGGGUGCUGGACCCAUGGUGUUUGCACCUCUGAGUGAGUACUACGGACGACGGCCCAUCUACGUGUGUGGACUUGCUCUUUAUGUGCUUUUCCAACUCCCCGUUUGUUUGGCUACCAACAUUCAGACCAUGCUGAUCGGUCGGUUCUUGUCUGCCUUCUUCUCCUCUUCUUUCGCGGCUGUCUCUGGUGGAACCAUCACCGACAUCUUUGACAAACAGAAGGAACACGAUAUGUUGGUAUUGGCCAUGAGUACUUUCUCUCUUUCGCCUUUCUUCGGUCCUUCUGUGGGUCCUCUCAUUUCAGGCUUCAUUGUCCAGCACACCAAGUGGCGAUGGGUUUUCUGGCUCAUGCUCAUUUGGUCCGGUGUCUUGUUUGUGGUUGUUCUGUUGUUCUCCAAGGAGACCUAUGGACCUGUCCUGACAGAGAAGAAGGUCCGACGACUCAGAGGCGAGAGCGAGAAAAACGUUUUCCAAAGAAUAUUUGGAAAGGACAGCGAAAAGACCCCAGCUGUGGCUGAAACAGAAAAGAAGCCUUACACCUGUGCUCUGAUGGAGCUCAAGAAGCGCCAGUCACUGAUGAAGAAUAUUCUCAUCAAUUGUGAGCGUCCCUUUGGUCUGCUUCUUAAGGACCCUAUGGUCCUUCUCAUCUGUCUUUACUCUGGUUUGCUGCUGGCUAUUGUGUACGCUUUUUUCGUUGCAUUCCCUCUGGUCUUUGGAAACGUCUACAACUUUGACGUCCAGUUUAUUGGCAUGUCCUUCCUUCCGCUUUGUGUUGGCCAGUUCGUCGCCACCUAUGGCUCGAUUCCUAUCGUCAAAAAGCUGACCAAAAAGUUCAACGAAAAACGAAUUGCUAGAGGACAGACCCCAAGCACUCCUGAACUGAAGCUCAUUCCUAUGAUGAUCGGUUGCUUCUUGUGUCCUAUUGGUUUGUUCUGGUUCGGUUGGACGUGUUAUGAGUCCAUUCACUGGAUCGUUCCCAUGAUUGGAAGUGCAUUUUUCGGAGCUGGAACUGUGCUUGUCUUUGCUGGCACAUUUGGAUUCCUUGUCGAUGGUUACAGGCUCUAUGCUGCCUCUGCCAUGGCAGCCAACGCCUUUGUUCGGUGUGUCCUGUCGUCAGCCUUCCCGCUGUUCACUCGACAAAUGUACCAGAACUGGAGCUACCACUGGGCCACCAGUUUGCUGGGCUUUGUCACUUGCCUGAUGAUUCCUAUUCCCUUUGUUUUUUAUAUCAAGGGAGAGAAGCUCAGAAGUAAGAGCCCUUAUGCAUGGAACUAG